CACCCACCAUAGGCUCGGGGUAGAGACUAUACACAUAGGCCCAUUCGUUCCAGCCACUUAUGUUGUCCAGCCCAGGACAUUAGGCCUUGUUGUGAGGCCCAUUAAGGUUUCGGCGCCAGAGAUUCAGUAGGUAGUUAAAGUUCCUCUUGCGUCUGGACCAAUGGACCGUGUCUUCCGUGUUCAGUUACGCCGUAAAUGGGAAAGUGCCACGUGGACCCCGUGAGCCAGCCAGCACCCGCCAUUUUUCUGGAUUGGUCAAAAAAAAACAAAAUAGAAAACCCCCGAAAACGAUAAUCCUCCAGUCAUUUCUAUUCCAUCCUCAUCCUCCACAAAAUUAAAGUUCAACGCCCUUUUUGUUGUGCACUAAUCCGGUUUUUCCCCACUGAUAAUUCCAAAAAAUUCCCCAAUUUCCCUCCGAAAAAAGGAAAAACUUUAAAACUUUCUUUUAGGAUCUGGACACUGAACUAACGCUGAGCUGUCAAAUUGCUUCGUCCAAGCAAACGCAACAACAAGAGCAACAACAAACAAAGUCCCGCGUCUUCCUCUCCUCUUCUUCUCUGCAUCGUGGUUGCGCUUCUCUGUCUGUACGGAUUCCGACUGAUACCAGAAACCAAACAUGGCGAAUUUCGACAAUACACCGCCGGAGAAUCAUAACAAGGACGGGGAAUCGUUGCCUCCUCCGCCCGUCGUCCUGCCUCCACCGCCGGGCGCAGGCCUCGGAGUUCCGCCGCCGAUGGGCCCGGCGGCAGGGGACAUGGAGUCCGGGUUCGGCGUCCGGGGAAUCUUGAGGCGCUGGAGAAGAGAGGAUCGGCUGAACAAAGCGUCGGUAAUAUGUAGAGGGUUGGGUUUCGUUUUCUCCCUCCUUGCUUUCAUAAUCAUGGCCAGCAACAACCACGGCGACUGGAUGAGCUUCGACAAAUACGAAGAGUACAGGUAUUUGGUGGGGAUAACCGUACUAUCGACUCUGUACGCCGGAGCUCAGGCGUUCCGGCAGGUUCACGAGCUUCACUCCGGCAAAUACACGAUUCCGCUUCAGCGGCGAACUUCCGCCAUCGUCGACUUCUGCAGCGAUCAGGUAGCUUCCUACCUACUUAUGUCAGCAGCCUCUUCGGCAGUGCCUCUGACCAACAGAAUGCGGGAAGGUGCAGACAACAUAUUCACAGACACAUCGGCAGCAGCUAUCAGCAUGGCACUCCUCGCAUUCAUCGCCCUUGCUCUCUCUUCUGUCGUUUCUGCACACAAGCUCUUCACUCAAUCUUACAUUUAGAAGACCUCUUCUUCCCCCCACAUUCAUUCUCCUUCCUUCUCUUUUAUGGGUUUUCAUUCUUUUAGGGUUGACUUCAUUAUACAUAUAUUCUUCUGUGUCUGUGUGUCUCUGUACUAUUCGCGUACUAAGCUGUAGAGCUUCUCGUUUUCUUCUUUGAUCUUUACCAUUUGUACACAAAACACAGCAAAGGAAAUGGGUUCCUGCAAAUAUAUCAUCUUUGUAUUCUCACCAGCAACAUGGGCAGGACAGAAAGAUUAAAACUUUGUUGAUACCUACUAACAGGGUAAUUGAAAUUUCUGUGCUACAACUAAAACAAUGGCCAUUUAUGCAUUGUUCAUGAGUAAGUGGCCUCUGUAAAAAAACAAACGAACCAAUGAAAUCCCAUUUUGUAUCUGUAUACAAUAUAUCCCCCUCUCCUUA